GGCGUCUGUUCUCUGUCGGUGUGGGAAUCAUCGAUUGGAGUCCGAUAUUGUAACCAGCUUAGAGAGACCGUCUGGGAAGUCUCGUGUGCACGCGGCAUAAAAGGGCGUGGAUUUUACCCUUUCAGGGCUAUUUCUCCGGAAGGAUUCAUAAUCUGUAGAACGGCGAGUCACUCACGCUGUUAGGUGUAUCAUGCAUGGCCCGGAUGAAUGUAGAGCCACAAGUGGUGGUUCCGUCUGCUCUAGAGGUACAAGUACCGAUGGACGCCCUCCUGGCAUAGCCAAGAACUACUGGUUGUGUUUCUGUGGGCAUGCUAAAUUCACCAUGGGGGACGAAAAAGAGGAUGACCGGGUUCUGCGGUUGAAGAACUACCAGGGUGACUCCAGCGGCGGGGGAGAUGUAUCACAGGAGUCAAGGAGAAUGGAAGGAGUCGCUGAGGAUUGUGGUGCUGUUACAGAAAGAAUCAUUGACAGAACACGAAAGAAAGAAGGCGAUGAUGACUUUGGAGCAUGCAUUGUGAGACAGCCUGACAUGUCUCGGUACAAGGACGCUUUAAAGAGUCUUAUGCCCGUUCGUCUUGAGAAAGAACCAGAAAACACUUUGCCUCUGGCUACCAAUGGUUGCAUCAACUACAUCACAUUUGGGUGGCUGACGCCUUAUAUGUGGCGAGUAUUCCGGAAGGGAGUAGAUGAAAUCCGAGACAUGAGAAUCAGUGAAAAGGAGAGUGCUCAAGUCAAUGCACAGAGAUCUUUGUCAUUCGCUUUUUCCUGGAGUACUUGUCGGAAGGAAAUGUUGAUGUAAGCUCAGGAAUAGGGUACGCUAUUGGCCUUGGACUGAUCAUUCUCAUACAAGGUCUCAUUGGUGGUUUCUUCUGGACAAUGAAUUUUGAAGCAGCGGCAAGAAUAAAGUAUGGAUCGCUGGCGCUACUGUACAGGAAAGUUUUACAUGUGAAAAGUUUCAAAGACAAAACUACUGGAGAUAUCAUCAAUUUCAUCAGCAAUGACGGUCAGCGUAUUUGGGACGGCAUCAUCAUGGGGCCUUUCAUAGCUGGAGCACCAGUGAUUCUCAUCAUCAGCCUUGUCUAUGGCUUGGUGCUUUUGGGCCCGUGGGCCCUUCUGGGCUGGUUUAUCACCAUUGGUUUCUUUCCAUUUGCUCUUACUUGUGCCAAGUUAUCAAUGAACUUCAGAGCUGCUGGGAUCCAGAUCACUGAUAGGAGGAGAUUCGGGACGAAGAGAGAGCUGUCUUAGAAAAGAGUGUCUUCACUCAGAGUAUUGCCAUGGGAUCAGCCAUGCUAAUUCCUAUCAUUGCCAGCUGCUUGACCUUUGUUGGAUAUGUUGGUAGUGGGAACAACUUGACUCCACCAGAGGCAUUUACCUUUGUGUCCCUACUGAACACAAUGCAGACGUCCCUUACAGUUGUCCCGUUUUCCUUGAAAUCCUUGUCUGAACUGAUGGUCACCACAGCUCGUAUUAAGGAAAUACUUAUGUUAGACGAAUUUGAACCUAACAGCACCCGUGUCUCUGAUGAUGGUUUGGCCGUUGAAGUUGUGAAUGCCACAUGUAUGUGGAGCGCUCGAAAGACUGGCAAAGAAACCAGUGCAGAGAUAAAUGGGAACCAGAAAAAGAAGAAACAAGGAAAACAAACAGAAGAAGAAGAAUCUUUGAGACCUGCGAAUGAAGAAGACUGUAAUCAGAUUUACACAGCCCCAGCACUUCGUGGUGUCAGUUUUACCCUGAAGAAGGGUGAAGUUCUUGGCAUCUGUGGCCAUGUUGGAUGUGGCAAAAGUUCCCUCAUUAAUGCACUUCUGGGAAGGAUGGAUGUCUCAGCCGGUGCAUUGGCUGUGUCUGGAAGUAUUGCCUACGUGUCACAACAGUCCUGGAUCACAAAUGAUUCCGUGAGGAACAAUAUUUUGCUCUACCAGGAAUAUGACCGUUGCAGAUAUAAUGAAGUUAUGGAGGCUUGUGCUUUGAAAGAAGAUAUCAAGUCCUUGCCAGCAGGAGAUAUCACAGAGAUAGGUGAGCGCGGUGCAACUUUGAGUGGUGGUCAGAAACAGAGGAUCUCAUUGGCUCGAGCAGCCUACAGUGAUUGUGACUUGGUGCUACUUGACGACCCCUUGUCUGCUGUGGAUGUCCACGUUGGUCAACACAUAUUUGAGCACUUGAUAAUGGGCGUAAUGAAAGGGCGGUCUGUGGUUCUCGUCACUCAUCAGCUGCAAUACUUGCAAAAGUGUGACUCAAUCUUGGUGAUGAAAGAUGGAGCAGUGGUGGAGCUAGGACAUCAUGAUGAGCUUGUAGCUGCUGAUGGAGAGUAUAAUAAUCUGUUACAAUUAUAUUACAACAAGAGUGAGGCAGCUAAGAAGAGAGAGUCCGUAACCAGUUCAUCAAGCAGUGAAGGAAGUGGGCCAGGAGAAGAUGUAGUCGAUGAAGGAAAGUCUUCAGAUGUGGAGGUCCCUAAUGGAGAUGCGGGCAUUUCCGGGGAUUGUGGGAGUGCCCCUGUUACCUCCAGCGAAGUGGAGACGUUGGAAAUUACUGAAGUUCCCCAUGAGUCAGGAGAGAAUAGUCCAACAGGACAGUUGACAGAAGAAGAAGAAAUUGGUACUGGCUCUUUACAUUUCACCGUCUUGAAGCAGUACAUUGAAGGCAUGGGAGGCUACCCAGUUUUUGCCGCUGUACUGCUAUGCUUCAUGUUGCCCGUGGUUGGUGUUACAGUUGCUGGCUGGUAUUUGUCGCACUGGUUGGAGCAAGGGGGUGGGGGGUCAAACAUGACCAUUGGGAACCUUACAAAGCCAAGCAAACGAGUGAUAGAUCAUCCAGACAGAGACGAGUAUCUCACCAUCUAUGCUUUGUUCAUUCCUAUUCUUAUCAUAACUAUGUUGCUGCGAUCAGCUACUCUUACAAAGGUGGUAUUGAAAGCCUCCAGCUACUUGCACGACAAAGGCUUUCUCCGUGUCUUACGUUGGCCUCUGUCCUUCUUUGACUCAACACCAAUUGGUCGGAUUGUCAACCGAUUUUCAGCUGAUCAGGAUGAGAUUGACAUGCGUCUUCCGAUGAACGUGGAGAUCUUUGUCACAAAUAUUCUUCAAGUAAUUGCUGGCAUGGCAAUGAUUUCAUAUGUGUCUCCAUGGUUCCUCAUAGCCGUCAUUCCAAUUGGAGCACUAUUCUUCUUCCUUGUGUUCUUGUUUCAUACAUGCGUCACUAUCAUGAAGCGGCUGGACAAUGUGACUCGAUCUCCGGUCAUUAGUCAUAUGGGAGCAUCCGUGCAAGGAUUAACCAGUAUACAGGCAUAUAACAAGACUGGCCUUUUUGUGCAAAAACACUGUGAGCUCCUGAAUGCUAACUCUGUGGCUGUGUUCUUAUAUUAUGCUGCCAACCGUUGGUUGGCUGUCAGAAUGGAUGCUGUGAGUGCAUUUGUUGCCUUUAUAACAGGGCUUCUCAUUCUCGUAACCUAUGACCAUUUGAACCCAGCGCUGGCUGGGCUUGCGCUGUCAUACAGUGUACAGAUGUCAGGAUUGUUCCAGUUUACAGCUAGAUUUUUUAUUGAGGUAGAAGCCAGAUUUACAUCUGUACAAAGGAUCCUUAAAUAUUGCAAUAUUACUGAUCAAGAAUCUUCGUCAGCUACAGCUGAUAUUGUUCCCUCCUCAUACUGGCCCACCAGUGGGGGGAUCGCCUUUGACCGAGUGAGCCUGAGGUAUAGGGACAGCUUGCCUCUGGCCUUAAAUGAUGUGUCAUUCAUAGUUGAGCCCCAAGAAAAGAUUGGCAUUGUUGGGAGAACGGGUGCAGGUAAAAGCUCAUUAACUACAGCCCUAUUCAAGGUAGUUGAACUUCAGUCUGGUUGUGUUCGGAUAGAUGAUAUGGAUAUCUCCAAGAUCGGAGUGGACAGUCUUCGCUCGAAACUCACCAUCAUUCCUCAGGACCCUGUGUUGUUUUCAGGCACAGUUAGGUACAACUUAGAUCCAUUUCAACAGUUUACUGAUGCAGAUAUCUGGGAGGUUUUGAGAAAAUGUCAUAUGGUGGACAUGAUAAAGAUGCUGGAGCAUCAGCUUGAUACACUAGUGGAGGAGGGAGGACUCAACUUUUCUGUUGGAGAAAAACAGAUGCUAUGCAUGGCACGCGCCCUCCUUAGGAAUAGUAAAAUUCUAGUUCUAGAUGAAGCUACAGCUGCAAUUGAUACAGAGACAGAUGCUCUGAUCCAGAAGACUCUUCAAGAAUCCUUCAGCAAGUGCACUAUGCUGAUAAUAGCUCACCGUCUGAAUACCAUCACCCACUGUGAUAAGAUCUUAGUUAUGGAGGAUGGAAAGGUUCAAGAAUUUGAUACUCCACAACACCUUAUGGAAAACCCAGACUCAAAGUUCAAGAAGCUGCUUGAUGCCUCGGCGAAAAUAAGUUGAAGCUGUAGGCUGAUGUGCAUUAUGUCAUGACUUUCAGUCGUUGAAAGUAGUUCUAAAGGUAAACUCCGAGAUUUCACGCAGCUGUAUCCAUGAAGUAAUCCGUUAGGAAUUAUGAAAUUGAUGGACAGCACAUAAAUCUCUCCUCUGCAUAGUGUUGUGACACUUCAGCAUCCCAACUAAUGCAGUCCUGGGCUUGUUCAUUAAUGCAUCAUGACCAGCUUCAAAAUUACGAGCCACAAGACUCCUUGAGAGGUUGUUCGUAGACAGAUGUGAAGUAAUCAGCAAGACAUACUACAAGAGGCCCAGAGCUUGCAAUAUUGCCUUGGAUUAUUCAGUUCUGUGACGAAGUCUUAUAUUCAGGAGAAGCAGUAGGAUUCUGAUGUGAUAUUAGAAUUUGCCCAUCCACUUCAAAGGGCACCUCCUGACUUACAGUCGGUGCCACUGUGACUUUUUCAACAAAAACUAUUUCAUCACGCGUUUGUAUUUGUAUCAUCAGAAGGAAGGUAAUGUGUGUAUUGCACCAAGACCUACAAUGUGCUUUAUGUGCUUUAAGCUAUUAAGUUCUUUUAGAAAGCUAUGGUCACAAGCUAAAAAGAACCAAAUUUUGAGUCCACAGUUUAAUUCCUUUUGCAACUCAGUGUAAGUUAGGUAAGCAUACAGACUUAUGAAUUGACUUUCUUUGCUGGGAAAGAGCCUUAAGAACUCCCUAAAAAGACUUAUGUUCUCGUGGUAUCUUUUGUUUUUGUUUUUCUAGGACAAGGUGUAGCUUCUUGAGUUCAAAUACAUAUUUGUGACUGAUAACUUAUAAUUUUUUCUUUUGACCCCCACAGCCUGGCAGCUACAUCAACUGAUUAGCUCUGUGUUCGUUGUACAUGGAUGCACUUAGAAAAACCUGGGUAUUGAAUUUGAGGUCAUAGUAAGGUUUCCCAUGAUUACUUAAGCCGUUUGCAACAUGCCCUGGCUUCUGGGAGCAUAAAUUAUAGUCCAAAGAGGAAUGUUCUACCUUUUUUUUUUAUACUGUACAUGUGGUUAUAAUCAGCAUGUGUCAGAAACAGAUAGAUCCCUCGUACAGCAGCAGCUUGAGGCUUUUUGUUAUUUAAGUGGGUUUUUUUAGGUUAAAAAGUGAACAAGCGAUCAGCAGGCCUAUGCUUUUGCGAGGAUUUUAAAAUUGUGUUUUGGGACUGCUAGAUUUUUAUGGGAUCUGUAAAAGAAACUGAAAAGAAAGCUGCAGGCAAAGUAUCUGUUUACUGUUGAAGAAUUUCUGACAAGACUUUUUCAAAUGCUUUGUUCCUGUAGUUUCUGUUAAUUUGUUCCCAGCUUUUGUUUUUAAUUCACGAUCAUACUGGACACAGAUAGCUCUUUUAUUAAACAGGCCCGUAUUUUUUUCUUCAUUUGUGUAAAUGUAAAGAGACUUUCAACCUUUCUUUUUGAUAAUGUGUGCUAACUGGACUUGGCCAAACGUAUGGUAUCAACAGUCUGGUUCAUUGUCAUGACUAUUACUAUUAAGCCUGUGAUAGGAUUCUCCUUUUUACCAGCUGUGAUAGUUUAAAACCUUUUCCUUAUGUGUGAACUUGAUCUUAUGUUGUAAGAGCUUAAGAAAAUGGAUAUCAGUAUCAGUACCAUUUAUCUAUUGAAUUAUUCUAUUAUAAGUUGACCUUUUCAUUGUUAUGUUCAUACGAAGAAAAAGACACUAAUGAGAAAAGAUAUGAUUGUAUUACUUAUAUUGAAAAGUGUCACAGUAGAACACGGCUAUAGUGGGACAUAUUGUUCUAGAAGAAAAAUCCUGCUGAAGGCAAGUUCCUGCAACAGAAACGCAAAGGGAAAUUACCGAAAAAUUUCUUUAAAAGCCACAUGAUUACCUCCCUUACAUAUCAAUAAAACUUGCGCUUUUGAUUAGUCUUCUUUUUUUUGUCAACUUCGUUGAUUAUCUCAGCCUUUAGUUAGAGUGAGAAGCAUUUACUUUUGUUUUGUUGGAAGCGUCUUUUCCUCAGUUUCUUUGAUUGUGCUGUCUAUUUGCUGGUAGGCCUACUGUAGAACUGGUGAAGUGGAUGCGAGUGUAUGCCUCUGAGCAUCAACGAUCACAAUUCAAUCAAUCAGGAAUCAUACACUACACGCUGUCUUCUUCUUUUACAAUUCAAUGAGUCAGGAAUCAUACACUACACGCUCUCCUUUUCUUUUACUUUUUGGCCCAGCCUAGGCCUAGGGCUAUGGCCUAUCUGCUCUCAUUCUGAGUUUCUAAGCUACGCCACUUUUGGAGUGGCUCAGUAUCACGUCUCUCCGCACCAUUUCUCUCUGCCGCCUGCCACACCUCACUCAUCACUGGACUGGCCAAUCACAACACUGCACCGCUGACUGCCUGUUUAGAGCCCGCCUACAGUCCCCCAACCCCCUUCUCCCCUGCUAGAGCUCGCUUGAUCUCUCCCGCUGUAUCUGAGUUUGUGCCUUUCCUUGUCCCGCUAAACCCGAGCACAGGUAAUUGAGUUUACGUAAGAAAAAAAAGGGAAUUCCGCUGAGGUCCCGCUGUAUGGAUGGUUCUGCUGCAGUGAGUGCCACUAUAGUCAUGUUCUACUGUAUUUCCAACAGAAAGAGGAGCUUGUUUCAUUCAUAAAUGUUCAUGAUUCUCACUAUUCAUUAUUAUUAAUUUUGCCUUGUUCAAGAGACACCAUGCUAUUCAAGAUCUCCUGUGAGACGAAGAAACCAGUGUAAUAUUGCAUGUAGGUGUAGCCUUUUUGCAGUAAAAUUUGUCAGGUACUAUAUUUAUAUAUGUGUAUAUAAUUGCUUUAAAAGUAUAUGAAGCUGAACUGCAGUUAAUGAGGAGUCAAUUUUAUGUUGGAUGUCAGCCACAUUAUAACUGGAAGCUGGUUAGGACAAUUAUAUAGGCCUACAGGUAAACACUAAAAAAAGGGAUAAAAGUAAGCUGUGCAACAAUAUUUUCUGCUAAGACUCUAUGUUUCAUGAUGGGUUGAAAUAAGGUGCUUGUAAAUUUUUGUGACCUAAGAAUAAGCUAUUAGGAUCCCACUGUCAGUGAAUUGAUUAAGACAAAUUUUAUGUGAGAAUAUUGUUCCAUCCAUGAGAAGAUUACAGCAGACAGACCAUGCCUGGAGCGUUAGUGUUUAACACUCUCUCUUAAGUUUGUACAUAGUAACAUAUUAUGGUAGUUAAUGUUUAUGGACAGCACACAUUCUUACUUGGUAUAUUUUAAGAACUGUGAGAAAGGUCAAAACAAUGCUUCUGAAAUAUUUAUGAUUAUGUAAGAUGUGAUACCAAUAUGUACUGUUUAUUGUUGAUUGUGCUUUAUAGGAUCUGUCGCACCUUAAGACAGAUCUUUUUAACAAAAUAUUUUGUACUUGGUUUCAUGGUUCUUUAGAUUUUAGUCACUCUUAUUUGAAGCAUUGAAGAUUUUGGUCUUUUGAAUGAUACCACCCGGAAAUGAAUUCCGUCCGAUCAAUCACAUUUAUGACAUAGCUCUAAGGAAGAAUUAAUGUGCAACCUGUCUGUAAAGUGAACAUUGAAAUACUGCUGAUGAAAGUUUCUCUGAUUUUUAGUUUGAAGGAUGUACAAGAGUGAUUAAAGGGCAGGAGGCAAUUUUCAGACUGUUAGAUAUCAUUUCCAUACUUUGUUUCUUGUGCAUUUUUUUCUAAAUUUUCACACAGUGUCUUUCAAAACUUAAGACAGCUCACCCUUAGAGCAACUCAAAGGUGUGACUUGUCCUUUAAGUUCUUUGUUCCAUCUUGAUGUAAGACAGGUUCUUAUGUUUUUAUUUUAGACACAGGUUAAGUCUUUUUUAUUUUUCAUUUUUUCAAAAUGUUGUGUAAAGUUUAUUUGUUCACCUUUUCAUCCAAUUGUAGCACAUUAGU